AUGUCGAAUGAAGUUCAAAAUAUAUUGAAAACAAAAUUAGUUAAAAAACGAUCGACUUCAAAACCAUCGGCUUCUAUUAAUUCACAACCACUUCGUAAUCGAUCAAAACCUAGAAAUAAACGAUCAAAAAGCUUGGCAUCGAAAAUUUCACAUCCACCGGUUCAUUAUCACCCAUGGCAAUUUGAAUAUAGUCGACUUUAUAUUCGUGAAAAAUCUCAAAAAUCCAUGACAAAAGAUUCAUAUCCAUUACCCAUACGUUCAGUGGCUCAUGCAAUUGAACGUAUUGCAACAGAAGAAGAAUGUUAUCCGAAAUUAAUACCAGCCAAUGCAAUACAUAUUGAAAUACCAAUCAUUCAUCAAAAAAGAAAAUCUUCAUUACCAAGUAUUGUUCGUUAUGUACGAGGAAAUGAAUUAUUUCCAUCUCAACGAUCUAUACCACAUACUCGAUUGCAAUAUCAAUCUAAAACAUCUUUUCCAAUUAUUAAUCCUACGAAAAUAAAUACUCUUGCGCCAACUAAGAUACAUGUUGAUGCAUCAAUUAUACGACGACCACCAAGACGAUUAAUUUUAAAUACGAGUUAUAGACGCAAUUCAUCAUUUACAAUAUAUAAUUAA